AUGUCCAAGAGAUACGGUCUACCAACGCAACUCCGCAGUGUUUCUUCAACAUGCACCUUAAGAGCUCCGAUAGCUCCUAUAAGCAGACGGUUCUCUGCAGCGCGUUCACUGAAUCAGACACCGCCCUCAUCUACGAGCAAUAAUGAAAAGAAGAACGCACAUGAGCCAGAAGCGGAAGAAAAAGAUAGUCCGAUGGGACGUCGUCUGGCCCAGAUGACCGAAGAUGCGAUGCUAGAAGGAGGACAGUCUGCGCGCCGUAACAUUGAGCAAGCAGGGUUCUCAGAGGAGUUGAAAGAAGCACUCGCUGAGCGAGUGGCUGCAGCUUCAUUUAGGAGCGAACAUCCGGCUGCUCAUUCUAUAAUUAAUAUGCCCUCUGCUGCUGGGCAAGGCACGCGAGAGCAAGCUGCUGCUCCUGCUUGGACAGGAACCGAGCGCGUUGAAGAUACUACGCUGCGCAUGCUGGACGAUGCCAGCAAGCCGAUCCGAAUGCCAUACAAAAUCCCCGAACCCGUCGUCUACAAACCCAGCCCGAAGCCCCCAAAGUCCCACGGACUUCGAAUAGCAGAAGCAAAAGACCGCACUUCUACCUACACACUGAGUAAAGCGCCUGGAUUUUCCGACGAGGAGCGCGAGAACAUGCGCCGCGAGAUGAGGGAGAACUUGACACCCGGGGCGCAUUCAAUGCCAAUUUCCAUCUCUGGUCUUUCAUCUCUCGCAAAUGAGCGGAUAGAGGAUGCUAUUGCCCGCGGACAAUUCAAGAAGAUUCGUCGGGGCAAGGGCGUCAAUACCCAGACGGAUCACAAUGCGAGCAGCGCAUUCAUCGAUACAACUGAAUACUUUAUGAAUAAGAUCAUCCAGCAGCAGUCCAUCGUGCCGCCGUGGAUCGAAAAGCAACAGCAACUUGCCACCGAAAUCAGUCAGUUCCGCGCACGUCUCCGAGCGGACUGGCGGAGACAUGCUGCGAUGUUGAUUGCGAGCCAGGGCGGAUCAUUGGACGUGCAAAUGAAACGGGCGAAAGCCUAUGCAGCAGCCGAGGCCCGGGUCGCAGAGAAAGCGAACCUGGCAGCUUCAUUCAAAGAAGAUCCCAACAAGGAUUCAUCCGUCUCAGAUAUCGAUACUGAUGGUCGGAUUGUGUCGAGGCCGAAGACAUCCCAGGACUCUGCGGUCAAAGAUGGCAACGAAGGGCCCUCCGAAGAUCUAGCCCAUCUUCCCCCAUUGCGAGAUCCCGGCUACCUCGCAAUCGAGCGCUCUUAUCAUGAACUUGCUGUGAAGCAAAUCAACUCACUCGCACGCUCUUACAACCUUCAAGCACCUCGAUCAGCCCACAAACCUUACAUCAAUCUUGAUCGAGAGCUCAAGGCAUGUUAUGCGGAUGUAGCUCCUGGGCUAGCAGAGGAAAUCAAACGCCGAGCUACAGAGCGUGCGCGUCCGUCAUCAGUUGUGCCACCGGCUUCUUCGAGUAGGUUUGGGUCGCUAGGCACAGCGCAGAAUGUACGGAUUCAUGAGGAGGAUCAGUCCAAAGGAUAUGGUAUGAAGCAGCUAUGGCGCGAUUUAUUUGCUAAAUCUUGA